CACUGCUGAGUUAGGAGCAUAGAGCGAACGUGCUUGUAAGCAGCACAAAGGCAUUUGGUGUCACCCAAGCUUUGAUUGAUCCGAAAAGGAUGUUCUAUCUCGACACAUAUCCACUCCUAUCUUUACUUGCUCUUUCUGCUAUUCGUUAUGGACUCAUUAGCACGGCAAUGCUCGAACGGUGUCUGUCAUUGCGACUGGCGGCUCGAAAUACAAAACUGUGAAGAACAUGUCGGUCUUCAUUACAUUAGUAUAAUCAACAUUGCAAUUGCCGGUCUUGGCGGUCUUAUUGGUAUGCACUUUUAGUGUCUCGCUCUUAUUCUACCUCGUCUUGUUUGUAAUUCCCUCCAAUAUAAUCAAACUUUCUUUUGUCAUUUUGUCGCGGCCUUCAUGUCGCUUCAUUCUCAACGAAAUGACACAUAAUAGGUUUUGUGCUGCUUAUAUACCGACUAUGCAUACAAGGUCAUACUAUCUGGAACCACGGAUCCAUGAAUGGAGCAUUUCUCAAGCCCAAACCUGUGGAUAGCAUGCUAUUGUUCUUCGUAAUCCAUAGCAUUCUUCACUUAUUGCAAAGCGUAUUUCUUAUGCUCGACAUAGCCCGCAAUUAUGCCUUCCGAUCAUUUUUCUUUGAGUUAGGGUUUGAGUUUGCUUACGGCGGUGUCACCCUUUAUUUGAUCGGCAUUGCACAGACGAUCUCUCAAAGUCGCAACGUAUCUGGCUGGCUUCCGUCUCCGUUAAUUGUCGAUAUUGUGGGCGGCAUAUUCCUGUUCUCGCCCUUCUUUGUAAACACUUGGUUCUCGGUUUCUGCAGGUAUUUUGGCUGAGACCUCCGUUCAAACCGCAAGAGCACUUGCACGAGUGCACUACGCAUGCUGGACUCUUGAAUGUGGUGGCUUGGGUGCAGCAGUGCUCUAUGCAGGUGUUCGCCUCGUUCGAAUCUUGAAGGGGCAUCACAAUAACUUUAGACGGCGUGGACACUUUGCCGCCGUCCAGACUGGUAUUCUCAAGAUCCAGCUCAUCGUCGCAGCAUUUGUUAUCGCUGUCUGGGGCUUUGCGGUGAUCUGCUUGUUCUACUUUGCAUUACGCGAAGAAAUCAUCAACAAUACGAUCGGAAGUCUGUUUAUGGGUGCAGCAUGGUGGAACCUAGCAGGAGUCACCAUUAUUUUUGCUCAGUUAGUGGUUGUGAUGAGUCCAAAAAUCACUUCCAACGCUGCUCUCAGAUCCAAAUCCACUGGAAACAGCAAUGAUGAAGAAAACAGCUGCACCCUUGAACGAACGAACAAUGGCUCGACUCUGGGAGCGACAACCAACAACACGUUCUAUGAGGAUAGCGACACAGGGAUGGGCUCCUUAAAAAGUGAUUCAGUCAGCAAGCAAUGGACUGUUCAGGAGCGUCAGUGGCAAGGUCCAAAUUCCUUAAACCCGCCCUCUUAUAUGCAAAAAAAACCCCGUGAUUCAGAUUCACCAUACUCACCCAUCGAGCUGGGCUCCUAUAAACAUUAGCCCUUUUAUCUAGUAACUGCAUGAAAAGCGUUCUCUUUUUAUACCAUUCUAAUUCCUAUCUAUAUAAACGAGUAAUAGUAGUAGUAUUAGUACCUAGUAGUACAAUAUUUGUACAGCUGCCACACUAC